AUGGCAUGACGUAUGUUGUCCUCUUCAGGUCAAUUCAGUUUCUGUAAUCUGGGGUCUGUUGUAUUCCGUGUACAGAAAGGGUUGAAUCUGCACGUUGUCUUUCUUCCCCCUUUGCUCUGGGACCUUUGUUGCAAGCACGCCAAGGUUUUUAGUUUUGUAAGGAAUCAUGGUGACGCCCUUGGUGGCUGUGGUGGCCGUGUUGGCGGCAGUGUUGCAGCCAAGCGGUGCCUUCCUUCCAACAAGCCUCAACUACUCCGAUCCUGCUGUGGAAGAUUUUUUCUGUCCUUCGCAAAUGAGCGAAAACACCUGGGACCACAAGGCCAUCACUCGGGAAGCUCUGAGGCGGGAAGUGCGUCGCUUCCUCCUUGAGAGUGUUUCGGGCACCAACGUCACCGUGAUCAUUCCCGAGGAUGCUUCACUCACCCAGAUCUUCAGAGCAUACUACGGCCCCACCGCCUCACCCACGCGCUUCAUCAAGGCCGUGAACAGCAUCACCUGGAGCAAUGCCAUGACUGAGGCUGCCGGACACCUCAGGUUCCAGACGGCUUACCACAUGGACGGGGAGAGUCUCCUGAAGGGGCACGAGCUCCUUCAGGGCCGCUACCAGGAGCUUGUGGGCUCAGUCGUAAUGGACCAAGCAUACCCGUUUGCCAGGGAACUCCUUGGAACCUCACUCAAUGGCAUUCAGGACUUUUACUCCCAAACAACGUGGGUGGAAUUGGGAAGGGACGGAAUACUGGAGGGCCUGGGCCUGCCGGGUGUGAACUUAAAGGACGUAGCUGGCCCCAGCGACCCUGUGUGCACCAGCUGUGACCCACCAAUGGAAGAGUGCAAGGAUAAUGUGAUUCCCGGAAGCCUGAAGCUCCAGUACAAUACACAGCGCCGACGCAGCGUCCUAAAGCGCCAGUUUAAUUACAGCGAAGCUGGAGUGUCCUGA